AUCUUUACGAGAUAUUUAUAUAUUUUAUUUUUCUCUUUCGAAAACAAUUAUUUACAAGAGAUAAUGUUAAACUUUUAAAGCAUACAUUUUUACAGCGGUGCAGGAGGAACGAGGACCGCGCGUUCGAAGUAACGCACUCUCAAAUCCGCAUAAUUCUAGUCUCACCUGGAAGCCUACAGUCGAUUCAUCGACGACUCUUUGUGCGCGCUUUAACAAUUCCGAGAUAUAUUUGCCUUUUAAAAAACCCGCACUGAACAACACUUUAAUGAUGAAGACAUUACACGAGUCUGAAACUGGAGAGAAUAUAUUUUUACCUGUCAUGUCGCGCCAUAUACAACCGACAAGGAUUAUAUCGCCUGGCACGGCUAUACAAUACGAAAUAUCUGCGCAAAUAUUUCUGGCAGCCGUUCGGAGUGCACGUCGGCACCGAGAUUUUUUGAUGUUGAACGUGGAGGAGCAAAAUAAAAUUCUCCGUCAUGGAUGGUCCGCUCUUUUCGUUCUACGCGCAGCCACGUGGCCGGUCGAUUUGAUGAACAUACGUGGACAAGACACGACGAAUAACGACGGUGCGACAGCCUGCCUGACCGCGGCGCGCACCGCGAUCGCAAAACUGCAACUCGAUGAUGUCGAAUUAUGCAUUCUAGACACAUUCGCGCUAUGUCGUCCCGAGAUUGCCAAUACCACCAACGGUUUCCGCGUAAUGUCGCAAGCGCGAGAUAACGCCGUAGAGGCGUUAAUACGACAUCUUCGGCAUCGUGACGAUCGCGAAAACAAGUUGGCCAAGAUUCUAUUUGUCCUACCUAUUCUCACUGGAUGUUGUCCUCGAGAAUUGGCCGGGGAAUUAUUCGCGCCGAUUAUCGGCGAUGCAGAUCUGGAAAGGGUCAUCGCGUCUGUGCGAUAAGUCCGCUGCAACAAUGAAAUACCUAGAAUAUGCAUUGUAAUCGCAUUACUCAUCAGAGAAAGAUGCAACAAAUUUAGUGGAUAUCAAUUUAUACGAUAUAAUUCAUUAAGAACAUGUAUUCAUAAAUAUAUGUAUCGAUAAUAAUAAAAUAUACCAUAUAUAAAAAUAUUAUAGCAAAG